AUGGAAAGCGCGUAUAGCAUGCUGAGAGCGCUCUUUAGAGAGCAGGGCGGCCCAGGAGAAAAUGCAAAGAAUGUGCAGCUCCUGCAGGGAGACGAGAGCAUGCUGGAGAUGGAGAAGAGGGUAGAAAAAGAGAUUUUAGCUGGGGCCUUGGACAGCAUUCCCAUAGAGUGCUGUACAUGUGUUAACGGAAAGCUGCUGGUGGCGCAGUGUGGGAGCGGAUACAUUGUGCUCACAGACCCGAUGAACACAGUUCCACUCGACGCUCUAUGGAGGGGGGCUGCGGGUCUGGCACAAAGGGCAGAGCUGGCGCCGCUUCGUUACGGGGAGGGACUAUACGCAACUAAAGCGCGGACGUACAGGCUUCAGAAGAGAUGCCGGCACGGCCGAAUGGAAGCCCCGAAAACAGUUCCCGCGGGGGCAGAGGCUGGGGGCCUUUACUAUUUGGAGUAUCUGCUGGCAGCGUCCCUUAUGCAGCUGCUGGAGGGCGAGGAGAGCGUGUACAUUUCGUUCAGUGGGGGGAUAGACUCUUUUCUGUGCGCCACCAUGUGCUGCAAGCACGUCAAGGGCAAGAAGAUAUACUUGAUAAACAGCUGCUUUUCCAGCAAUGGGCGCUUCCAGUCGAGAGACCGGGCGGCGUCAAAGGAGUUCUACACCCGAAUUUUGGAAACAUACGGGUGCCGAGACAGGUGCUUCCUUGUGGAGAACGAUGUCCAUCGGGCAGAAAUUCUUGAGCAGAAAGACGCAAUACUCGAGAUAACAAAAGGCACCACGAUGGACUUCAACCUGGCGGCGCUGCACUGCUUCACUGCCAGGCGGGCGAGACAGGAGGGUGCCUCGCUUGUUGUCACAGGAACUGGCGGAGACGAGCUGUUUCUCGGGUACUCUCGCCAUAGAGAGGCUGUUUCUUGCGUGGCGGAGGAGGGUGCAUGCGGAGACUGUGGAAGCACCACCGAGCGCCUGCAGCAAAUGAUAAAAUCCGACGUGGAAGGCUUCUGGGAGACAAACUUGCACCGAGACUGCCGCGCAGGGAUGGCGGGCUCUGUGUCGUAUGCAUCUCCGUUCCUGAUUCCAGAGGUGUACGCGCAUGCGCUGAGGUCUGCCAGCCCUGCAGGCGUGGGCAAGACCCAGCUAACAGACAUUCUGCACAGGGAGUACCCAGGAAUAGUGCUGAAGAAGAAGUUGGCGGGGCAGUACGGCUCGGGGAUAUCUGAUGUAAUUAGAAGCAUCUGGUGCCGGGCGCCCACUUUGUGCCGAAACAACGAAUGUUUGUCUCUGGAGUGCGCGCCUGCUGCGCGUCCAGAGCGCGGCGCAGAAGUUCAGAGAUGA